CGGCGCCAGAGGCUUCUAUAAAAGCCCACACAUUUCUAAAUAUUCCCUCACCAAACCUCAACGAGUACAGUUUUUAGAGUUGGCUUCAUCGUAGCAACAUGAUCGAGCAACUUCCCUCUAAUCUUGAUGCUUCUGCGGAUCCACCUACUCUCUUUGAUGGAACCACAAGGUUGUAUGUAUCCUACAUAUGCCCGUAUGCUCAGAGAACUUGGAUUACAAGGAACUACAAGGGUUUGCAAGAGAAGAUAAAAUUGGUCCCAAUUAAUCUCCAAAAUAGGCCAACUUGGUACAAGGAGAAGGUGUACCCAGGAAAUAAGGUGCCUGCUUUGGAGCAUAAUAAUGAAGUUAAAGGGGAGAGUUUGGAUUUGAUCCAAUAUAUUGAUGAAAAUUUUGAAGGCCCGAAGUUGCUUCCUAAAGAUCCUAUAAAGCAAGAGUUUGCCACCGAGCUGUUGAGUUACAGUGACACUUUAAAUAAAGUUAACUUCUCUGCAAUUACAUCUAAAGGGGAUGCGCGUAAUGAAAUUGGUGCUGCUUAUGAUAAGUUGGAAGAAGCUCUUGCUAAGUUUGAUGGACCAUUUUUCCUCGGUGAAUUUAGUCUGGUGGACAUUGCAUAUGCACCGUUUGUUGUUGAAAGGUUCAAGCCCUUGUUUUCAGGGAUAAAGAAUUAUGACAUCACCAAAGGGAGGCCAAAGCUAACCAAAUGGAUUGAGGAGUUGAACAAGAUUGAUGCUUAUACAGCAACUAAGCGUGAUCCGAAAGAGAUACUUGGUGGCAUUAAGAAGCGGUUUGGGAUUGAAUAAAUGUCCUCGACCCUCCUUUGCAGGUAUAAGGCAUGUGAGUCGCUGUCUUCUGCUUUAUGAAGUAUCGAUAAAUAAGUAGGGCUUGAGUGGUUUGUUUGUAUGUUGUAUAAAUGUAUAAUAAGUGAGUAUCAAGUAGUGGUUUCUGUUUUUUAAUUAUUUUUUAAUUCUACACUCUGGGUGCUGUUAUGUAAUGCUUCAUCCAUGUACUUGUGUUGAUACUGGUUUAAUUAAGAUUGUUGUUAUCUACA